CUGGAACCUACUCGUUCCUCCGUCUCCGGGCUUCAUCGUUUAAGAGCUCUAUUAAUAUGCGCUUCCAUGGCGGAUCUUCACCAGCUACAAAAUUUGAAGCCCUACAGUAUUUUUUCAAUCUCUGCAAAUUCUUAGUGGGUCUCUUUUUUGUUUCACUCUUAUCUGCUACUUUUUGGACGAACAAGACAGGAUCACUUUUCUCAUCUUAUUGUUUAAACAAUUCCCCAAUUUGACUUCCUUCUCUGAGUUUUCAUCUGCGAUUUUUAAUCAUCUUUGCCAUUUACGUAAUCGUCGUUACUUUUUAGGGCGAAGCAGCCAAAAGAGUGUAAAAUAUUAGCAUAGUCAUUCCUGAUCGUCAAUAAAAAAAUUUAUAUUGGAGUUCCAACAAUGGCGCGGCGAUCAAACGAUGCGACUGCCGUAAUGUUGACGUCAGGGGCAAGUGGGAGAAUCGGUGCGUUGUUUUCUCCGCGCUUGAUGAGGAGUUUAUGGCUGCUAAUCAACGCAUUUUUCCUGAUUUUGCUGCUUCCGUUCAGCGGGAGGCGGCGAUGCACGGCGGCGUCGGAGUCCGGCGAGAGAGGUGGUUGCGGAAAGGAGGAGAGGCAGCAAACGGCGCCGGGAAAAGUGGUGAGAGUUCCGGCCGCGAUGGUGCCGCGGAGGAGCAUGGUGGACAAGGAGGUUGCAGCGCGGCGGGCCCUGGCGAUUAAGAGGGUUUUGGAAGAUAAUGGCGAUGAAAAUAAGGACACAGUGAGGGAGUUUUCUUUGUUCGUCACUGCCCGUGGUGACACUCUCUUUACCCAAUCCUGGACGCCUCUUAAGCUUCCGAUCAGGGGAUUGCUGGUUCUCUUGCAUGGCCUGAAUGAGCACAGUGGCAGAUAUAAUGAUUUUGCAAAGAAAUUGAAUGCAAAUGGAUUCAAGGUUUAUGGAAUGGAUUGGAUUGGACAUGGUGGGAGUGAUGGUUUGCACGCAUACGUCCCUUCUCUCGAUUAUGCUGUUGAUGAUUUGAAAAUGUUUCUGGACAAAGUUUUAGCAGAAAAUCCGGCCGUUCCUUGCUUCUGCUUCGGACACUCAACUGGCGGAGCUAUAGUCCUAAAGGCAGUUCUUGAUCCAAAAGUGCAGAAACUCGUAGCUGGCAUCGUGUUGAUUUCCCCGGCUGUCGGAGUUCAGCCAUCCCAUCCGCUCAUCGUUGCUCUUGCCCCACUUUUCUCCAUGUUCUUGCCGAGAUUCCAAUUCAGUGCUGCAAACAAGCCGGGCGCUGUAGUAUCCAGAGAUCCCCAAGCAUUAAUGGCCAAGUAUUCGGAUCCACUGGUGUUCACUGGAGCCAUCAGGAUGCGUACGGGCUAUGAAAUUCUUCAAACCACCGGCUACCUGCAGCAGAAUCUGCAGCGAGUGACAGUCCCGUUUCUCGUCCUCCACGGCAUGGAUGACACGGUGACUGAUCCAGAAGCUUCUAGAAAGCUCUAUCUCGAGGCUUCGUCGGCCGACAAGUCCAUCAAGCUCUAUGAAGGGUUAUUGCAUGAUCUGCUCUUUGAACCUGAGAAGCAAGAAAUCACCAACACCAUCCUUUCAUGGUUGAGCAGCAGAUCAAAUAGUCGAUGAAAAUGGUUGUCUUGACAAUUCAUAUUAUGCAGACUGAGUUUCAUUCGGACAUGUGAAUGAUUCUCGUCACAUUUGCUGGAAUGUCCGAUCUUGUUAAGUGGAUAUUGUUAAAUAAAAUAUUGGAUUCUGAUUGAUAUCAUACUUUUAAUUUAAUUAUUAUUUUUUUCUACA